UACAAAAAGUUUUAAGGCGAAUACAUCAAAAUUUUUAAUGGCAGUAAAGGCUUUUAGCAUGUUUUAAUAGAUCUUACGUAUUGACAUUUUAUUAUAAAAUCAAGGUUAAUAUAAAUAUGCAAAGACAAGACACACUAAAUAGGAACAGGGACCAGCCAACUACCUAUGGGGUCCUACGAUUGCAAAACUGCAAGGACUAUGCAUUUCGGAAGGGUGAAAUCUACCCAAGCAUUAAUCCUCCAGUAGCUUCAUGUGGAAAUAACGCUACAAAUAGGUGGUUGUCUAAGUUUGUUAAUGAAACUGGUUGUGGAACCCUUGAUCCGAAAAUUUUAACAAACCUCAACAAAAAUGCAUAUGGCAAGCAAGAUGUUACUAAGUCCACUCAAGAAAGUAUUGAUGGUCCCCGCACAGCACGCAGAUACCUUAACCACCCAGUAGAACUCUCCCAAAGGAAGCUAGACUAUAGCCAGCUCACUCCCUAUGAUUUAAUGCGGAUGCUAAACUGCAAGAUGGCAAAAGUUCAGGAAUGGGAGACUUAUCCCAGCAUCAGGCCUCCAAUAUCCCGCUGUAGUGCUGCACUGACUGCUCAGUGGAUGGCCGAUUCUAUGAGAGAUAGUGACUGUGGACGCCCAUUUGACAUGGAACACGAUGAUAUUGUGGAGGUCUGGAAGCAAAGCCCAAAUAAGGACACACUGGGUUAUUACGGAGUAGGCUCAGAUAUUCACAAGCCGGAGGCAGUUGUGUUUAACCAGCUCAUUUCGGAAUGCCUUAAAAGGGUUAUGCCGGAAGCUACCAAGGAUAAAAAAGCAACAACCAUUCCACCUGAUGAUGAAAAUGUGAAGAAACCCUCUAAAAAAGAUGUUCUUAAUCGUUUAUUGCUAAAGUCAAAAAUUGAUAGAAUGCCUACUGUACAGGAAGCGCUAGAUGCGAGCAAGGCACUUACCUGGCUGCAUUGUCCCCACUUACUGGGAGAAAAGUACCCAUUCCUUAAAGGGGAGCCACACGUCAGACCUCAAGCCGCUUUCGGAAUAAAAAAGUUGGUUCCGAAACCUAAGCAUGGACUCAGGCGAAAGCACCUGCUCUGCAAAUUGCCAUGUGUCCUUCCCGAUAAUGCAUGCACGGAAUACGAAUACAGAAAAGAUCCCAAGUCUUAUAAAGAGUUUUGCCGGAAGGAGAUGGAAAGGUUGAAGGCUGAAUGCGAGGAAGAAUUCGUAGAGCCGAGGAAUUACUCGGAGUUGUAUCCACAUUUAGUAACAUGCUUUGAAAAAAGUCCACAUACCAAAGCGCGCAAGCCUAAAACACGAAGCUCGAAGUCGGAGGGCCAGUUCUCGUCUGAAGAUAUGGAUGGAUUAGAUGGUGAAGGUGUUGAUGGUGAAGGUGUUGAUGGUGAAGGUGCUGGUGGCAAAGGUGCUGGUGGUAAAGGUGCUAGUGGUAAAGGUGCUGGUGGUGAAGGUGCUGGUGGUGAUGCUGCCCAACGCAAAAAACGCGAUGGUAGCACGGAUAAGGAUAAGAAAUCCAAAUCCGAUAAGGGAAAAAAACAUUUUGAGAAAUCAAGAAAUAAGGCAAAACCCGAAAAAAGCCUAUCGAAAGAUAUACUCAACGUUCAAGAUAAGCCCAGUAAGAUAUCCAUAACAAACGAAAAGCCACUUAAUAAAGAUGAUAAAAACACACGCAGAAAGCAACAAAAACCAAAAAGGAAAAGCAAAGUCCUUAAAACUGAGACGAACGAGAAGUGCCCCUGUGAGUUGUGCCAUUUCAUGAAACGUCUACAACGCGUGCCGGACUCUCCGCUCAUUCAACAAAUGAAAAAAGAACAGAAGCGGCGGGAGCUACUCGAUUACUAUAAGGGCAUGUGCAUUCGAGAUCGAAUGAAAUUUUUUAGUCCCAAGUAUCCAGCUCCGCAGCACAAGUGCGAUGCCAUUCAGUGCGACGACAGCUUCUGCAGCAACCAAAAAUUUGGCGAAUAUUGCGAUUGCCUGAAUGCUAUGCAACAUCUGCAAAAAUUACUUGACCCCAAGAAUUGCAUGGUGCGCAAUCUGCUCAUAAGUCUCAAGAAUCGCAUUUGCCAGCGCAUCUGUGGGUGUCUGUAGCUGCAAAUCCACCAGCGAACUGGCCAAACCGGAUAUGUUGAGAGCUGGCGCAUUGCAUAUGAUUUUAAUGUUUUUGUUCAUAAUAGUAAAUGUAGUUAUUAAUCUUUA